AUGCACCCUACAGUAGCGUGCGCCAACGCGUAUGGCGCCAGCGCGUUAGGUGACAGCGCGCAUGGCGCCAGCGCGUUAGGCGCCAGCGCACACGGCACCAGCGCGUUAGGCGCCAACGCGCAUGGCACCAGCGCGUUAGGCGCCAACGCGCAUGCCGCCAGCGCGCAUGGCGCCAGCGCGUUAGGCGCCAACGCUCACGGCGCCAGCGCGUUAGGCGCCAGCGCGCAUGGCGCCAGCGCGUUAGGCGCCAACGCCCAUAGCGCCAGCGCGUUAGGCGCCAGCGAACACGGCACCAGCGCGUUAGGCGCCAGCGCGCAUGGCGCCAGCGCGUUAGGCGCCAACGCCCAUAGCGCCAGCGCGUUAGGCGCCAGCGCACACGGCACUAGCGCGUUAGGCGCCAGCGCGCAUGGCGCCAGCGCGUUAGGCGCCAACGCGCAUGCCGCCAGCGCGCAUGGCGCCAGCGCGUCAGGCGCCAACGCUCACGGCGCCAGCGCGUUAGGCGCCAGCGCGCAUGGCGCCAGCGCGUUAGGCGCCAACGCCCAUAGCGCCAGCGCGUUAGGCGCCAGCGAACACGGCACCAGCGCGUUAGGCGCCAGCGCGCAUGGCGCCAGCGCGUUAGGCGCCAACGCCCAUAGCGCCAGCGCGUUAGGCGACAGCGCAUACGGCACUAGCGCGUUAGGCGCCAGCGCGCAUGGCGCCAGCGCGUUAGGCGCCAACGCGCAUGCCGCCAGCGCGCAUGGCGCCAGCGCGUUAGGCGCCAACGCUCACGGCGCCAGCGCGCAUGGCGCCAGCGCGUUAGGCGCCAACGCCCAUAGCGCCAGCGCGUUAGGCGCCAGCGCACACGGCACCAGCGCGUUAGGCGCCAACGCGCAUGGCGCCAACGCUCACGGCGCCAGCGCGUUAGGCGCCAGUGCGUUAGGCGCCUAUGCGAUGCAGAAAGGCGCUAGCGCGCUGCCAGCACGGCGCCCACGUAGCAGCGCGCUGGCGGCUUGCACGCUAGGUGCCGGCGCGCUGCACGUCGCCAGCAGCGUCGCCAGCUGCUCCUCCGCGCGCGCCCUCCCCUCGCUCCCCCGACAAGCCGCCGUUGAUUCCGCCGCCCCUGAUUUUGCCGCGCCUGAUAACACCGCGCCUGAUACUGUCAUUCCUGAUACCGCCGUCCCUGGUUCCGCCCCGGCCGUCCCCCCGUGGGACAUCCGUGCGUCCCCCGCCGCGGGUACUAGCGCGGGCGUGCAGCAGGCGAGCGGAGACGUGUUCAUCCCGUGGCCCGCCCACGUGCGCGCUGCCCUUGCUUCUCCGCAGCAGCAACAGCAUUUCACCUUGUUCUCACAGCAGCAGCAACAGCAGACCCUACAGGGAGGAGUGCAGGAAGAGCAGCAGCCGUACUUCUCUCUCUUCCAGCAGCAGCAGCAGCAGCAGCAGCAGCAGCAGGGCGUGCGGCGCAGAGGCGACUGCGUGGGGACGUGUCUGACGUCGUUAGAGGUGCUGCUGAACCCCUACUGCGCGCGCACCACACACCACCUGCCCCUCCACUCGCCCACUUUCUCCAUGGCGUCCAAUUCCUCUGCGCCCUCCGCCAACGGCCCCUCCCCGCUCGCCCCCUGGCACCACCCGCAGCAGCAGUCGCAGCAGCCGUACCACCCGCAGCAGCAGGCCUUUCCGCCGCCCCACGGCCUCAUGCCGCCGCCCCAGCCACGCCCAUUGCAGCAGCAAAACCACUCCUUCCCGCCCCUUGCUCUCAUCUCAUCGCCCGUGAAAUGCACGCCUGUUGCUGCUCUGUGCUUUUGGGAAGGGGGCGUGCAGGGGUGGGUGUGGGUGCCUCAUGGUCACAUGGGGGGCCAUGUGAGGCGAGGGUGGUCAGUGGUCAGUGGCGGAGGGGAAAGGCGCCUCUCUGUGUGGCUGUGCUCAGCUCAAUGCCACUGCCAUCACUACCGCUGCUCCACUCCUCUUUCUUCCACUCCCGCCCCUUUCAUUCUCUUUUCCAUCGCCUCUCAUCUCCGCCAUGCCCAUCCUCACGCCCCAUUUCUCCCUGCCUUGCCUCUCUCUCCGCUGCCUCGCCCCCACCCCCCCUCUGCCCCACCCUCCCGACCGCCAGCCAACAUCCGCACGCUGUUCAACAUAGAGCGCAAGGCGGUGGGCGAGGGGCAGUACGGCAAGGUGUAUGUGUGCACAGAGAAGGCCACGGGCGUGCGCUACGCCUGCAAGACCAUCGCCCGCAGCUCCCUCAUCUCCGUGGAGGACGUGGAGGACGUGCGCAUGGAGGUGAGCGUGCUGUUCCGGCUGCAGGGGCAGCCGAACGUGGUGCGCGUGCACAGCACGUACGAGGACCGCCGCGACAUCCACAUCGUCAUGGAGCUCUGCAGCGGGGGCGAGCUGUUCGACGAGAUCAACCGCCGCUGCGACGAGAUGACCGUGCCCUACAGUGAGCGCGAUGCAGCGAAGCUGUGCAAGGCGGUGGUGCGGGCGGUGCACUCGUGCCACAGCAGCGGCGUGAUCCACCGCGACCUCAAGCCCGAGAACUUCCUCUUCUCCACCGCUGGCCCCGAUGCUGUGCUUAAAGCCGCUGACUUCGGCAUGGCUGCCUACUUCAAACCCGGCGAGGGCUUCACGCGAGUGUGUGGGAGCUGCAUGUACAUGGCGCCGGAGGUGAUCCGCAUCUGGGAGAACCUGGGCAAGCAGCGCUACGGGCCGCCCGUGGACAUCUGGGCGUGCGGCGUCAUCUUCUACAUCCUCCUCGCCGGCAACUACCCCUUCCUGCCGCCCGGCCCCGACCGGUCGGAGAGGGCGUUCAGGCGGGUCAUACUGCAGCCGCAGCGCCUGUUCCGCGAGGCGGUGUGGGGGCGCAUAUCGGCGGACGCCAAGAGCCUCAUCAGCGCCAUGCUGCACCCCGACCCCAACCUGCGCCCCACUGCGCUGCAAGUGCUUGAGCACACGUGGAUAGUGCGGGCGCCGGACGAGCCGUUGGAGAAGGACGUGGUGGAUCGCUUCAAGCAGUUCCUCUACGUCAUGCGCCUCAAGAAGGUCAAGAAGGUGGCGCUCCGGGCCAUGGUGGAGGGCAUGAGCGAGGACGACAUCCGCGUGGUGCAGGGGGAUCUGGGCCGCCUCGACCCCAACGCCACCGGGGUGGUGCCCAUCGAGGCGCUGCCCCACGCGCUGCACUCGCGUGGCUUCCACGGGCCUGCUGAUGCCGUCGCCAGCAUCAUCCAUGAGAUCUGUCUGGACGGCAAGGUGGCGUUUGACUACGCGGACUUCUUCGUGGCGCUGCUGCAGCUGUGUGGCGUGGAGCAGCAGGAGAACCUCUUCCACGCCUUCUCCGUCUUCGACCAGGACCUCAGCGGCUACAUCAGCGAGGCCGAGCUGCAGCGCGCCUGCGAAAAAUACCGCGUCAACCGCGCCGUCGUGCAGGAGAUGAUGGCGGAGGUGAACCGCGACGAGACGGGGCGGGUGGACUACAACGAGUUUGUGGCGAUGAUGCGCAUGCAGGCGGGCGGGGUGAGUCGGCGAACCAUAGAGCGCCACAUGGACAACGGCAGCAUCAAGGAGAUGGACCACGGCGGUGCAUCAGGGCCGUACGAUGGGGACAGCGAUGACAUGCGCAGCGAUGCCGCCUGCGCUGCUGCUGAUACCGCCAGUGUUGGCAAUGGGGGCGGGUUCUGA